AUGAUGAAGAAGAGAAACACAGUUAAUCAUCUUCCGGAGGAUAUGGUAGUGGAGAUACUCUCUAGGGUUCCUGCUAUAUCUCUGACACGAUUACGAUCUACAUCCAAAGGAUGGAACACUCUUGUUAAGGAUGAUGAGAGACUUGCUAAGAAGCACUCUGCUUAUGCUCCAAAGCCGUCUCUGGUUAUCAUGUUGAUUGAUUAUAAGCUUUCUAUAAUGAACGUCAGUCUCCAUGGAAUUGAAGAGGUUGAUUUAUCUGUAAAGAUAACAUGUCAGUUCAGCCUAAAAGAUCCCAACUCUUCAGAAGAAGUUGAUAUACGUGACGUCUUUCACUACGACGGCUUAUUGCUAUGCAGCACCAAAGACAAUAGACUGGUCGUUUGGAAUCCAUGUUUAGGUGAAACAAGGUGGAUCCAACCCCUAGAUUCCUACACAGAAUCAGGCUUCUAUGCUCUAGGCUACGAUCACAGAUCCUCAUGUUACAAAUUCUUGAGGAUGCAGCGACAUGAAGACCAUAUCCUAGUACGAACUGAGUACCAAGUCUAUGACUUUACCUAUAAAUCGUGGCGGUUUGUUGGUGAGACUGAAGGCUGGUUCAUACCAAGUGUUGGGNUGCAAGACAGGACUACAAUUUUUGUUAGCUUCUUAACUCGAGCCACUUUAAUUCAGGAAUGGUCUAGGUCGCUAUAG